AUGGCCAUCGGCAUUCGCAUCGGUGAGUUUCACCUUAACAGCAACUCUUCAUGGGAAGAUUACGUUGAGCGUAUUGAGUUAUGCUGCGCAGCCAACAAGCUCACCGAAGACACCGAAAAGAGGGCAGCAUUGCUGAGUUGCUGUGGGGAGGAGACCUACUCCCUGAUAGCUACCCUCGUAAAGCCGCUUAGGCCGCCGAACGCGAACUAUCAGUCCAUUGUAGAAGCUGUGAAGAAUCACAUCCACCCGAAGCCCUCCGAGCUGUACUCGAGGUAUGUGUUCUCCAAACGAGAUCAGCACGACGGUGAGAGCGUCGCUGACUAUGUUACAGCCUUACGCAAGCUAUCUGAGAACUGCGGAUUCAGCGACAAGCAGCUCCGGCUUGACAUAAUGCUCAGGGACCGAUUAGUUUUCGGAAUUUCCGACAGCACAGUGCAGCAGCGCCUGUUGGCCGAGAAGAACCUGACCUUUGCGACAGCCUACGACCUGGCAGUCACAGCCGAGUCUGCUGCAAAACAUCAAAGAGCUAUCGGCAGUCAACGUCACGAAAGCCCAGAUAUCACAGCCAAAGUGGACACGCAACGUCUGAAAAAGGGCAAGAUGAAAAGGCUUCAGGCGCACAGGCGGAACGACGGUGUUUCCGGUGCUUAG